GCCCGGGGCACCAGCGCCUCCCGCGACGGCAGCAGCGGCAGCGCCCCAGACGCCCCUCGUCAACGGAGGACCAGACCAGUCCCCUACGGCGGCCUCGUCCAAGUCAGAGAACCCGGCUGUGAGAUCCCUCCCAAAGACCCAGUUCGCCCUCAAGUCCCAGCUUUCUCAACUGCCGCAGCGGAGCCCCACUGUCAACAUGGAGGCGCUGUCGAUCCAGAGCCAGCCGUACCGCACACUGCCACUCGUGCAGCCGUCCGCCAAGGCGCGCUCCGACAUGGGGAUCGGUAGCAUCUCUCACCUGAAGAUGCAAGACGAUCACAUCUCGGGCGACAAGCAGCCUCAGUUAGCGCCACACAGCCAGGCCCUGGCGGCCAAGGCCAAGCACGACGAGCUUGUCAUGAAGCAAAAGGUGACCGGCUCCCUGCAACAAAUAACACAGACACAGCAGUCUCUCACAACCGCCACCCAGCAGCACCAGGCGCCCGUCAGCAAGCAAUACAACAGCCCGCAAGCACUCUAUUCCCCCGAGAACGUGCAGGAGGUGCUUCGGCAACAGACCUCGCCCACGCACGUCCCCACCCUCAAGCCGACUGUUUCUCCUGCUGCUGCUGACGCUGCGAAAGCCCUAAGAAAAGUGAGCUCCCCAACCCCCGCACAGAAGCCCAUCCAAGUCGUCCUCACUCCUUCGAAAGAGUAUAACCCUCAGUCGAGUGCGACUUGGCGAGCGCUGCAGGAAACGGACGCGCCCAUGGACCCCGAGAAGGUGGCCAACUACACCUCGCUCAAGGAGCAUGACCCGAUCUACUCCGAGGUCUAUGCGGCCCCCGUGGCGCCCAAGCCGGGCCAGCGCCCCGUCCCCAGGACCAAUGCCCUCCCCGGCCCCCGCUCGCCGGUCUCGGACCUCCUCCCCGCCAGCAUGAGGCCCGCCGCCGCCAACGACGCGGCGGAGCUCGACGGCGCCGCCCCCGCGCGGAGCUUCCUCAGCCCACCUAAGACCGGUCCUUCCGUCGUCAGGUCCGCGGCGCUGGCCGAGGCCAAACCCGUCAACCACCAGAUGACCAGCGAGCCUGUCAAGAUCCCUCUGUUCGAGACCAACGCCAUCGGCGGCAGAAAGCGCAUCGCCCAAACGGCCUCCUUCAACAAGCUGAUGAUGGAAGUCCUCGGGGAGUGAGGAGGCGGCCUCCUUGGGGCUUUGGCGCCGCCCGCGCCCUCAACACGCCCGCUCGCCGUUGCUCGGAGUCAGCGCUCGAAGCCCACGACACUCGUGUCACUUUUCGUGUGGAAGGAAUGUGGCACUUUAGAGAAGAUGAUUUCUGAAUCAUCUUUUAUUUCAUUUUAUUAAUUUCUUUGGCUCAUAUUUUUUGGCCUCUUGACCAGCAUUAUCAAAAAUCUUUCUGUGUCUCUCUCCCAGUGUAUUAUAUCCCGUUUAUUCUUCACUUUCUCUCUUUCUCGUUCUCUCUCUUUCGUUCUUCCUCGACUCUGGGAAGCCAGAAUGAAGAAGGGGAAUGAGAGAGAGAGAGAGGUAAAGAGGGCCAGAGGGAGAGAGGGGAGAUGGAGAGAGAAGAAAAAAAGUGAGAGAAGAAAAAAGAAAUUAAAAAAUAUAUAUAUCAUAUGAACCAUACCUUUUCUUUCUAAGGAAAACGUCAGAUGGACUUUUUUUCUCUCUCUCUUACUCCCCUAUUCUAUAUUUGCCUUGAAUGAAAAGAUCAUGUCUGAAAUUGCCAUUAUGAUCUUUUUUCAUUAUCAUUAAUGUUUUAUUGAUGAUAUUUAUCAUUCUAAUCUAUGGAUGUUGGUUUUGGAAAAUCAGCAUUGUAUGCUUUCAAUUUAUUUUGCUGCUGUUAUUAUCUUUUGAUAGAUUAAUCUAUUGAGGAGUGAGGAAGACUUUGUAGGGGAAAGCUAUAAUUUAUUAUAUCAUUGCCAUCAUUGCUAUUGCCCUGCGAGGCAAUAAUAACAAUAAUAGUGACAGAUAAAAAAAAUAUAGCAGUGAAAGGGUUCACUUACAAAAAACAGAGAAAUAGUUUGAAGGAAAAGAAAUAAAACCAUUUAUACUAAGGCAGAUUCUCUCCUUUAAACACGUUGUUGAGAUCUGCGUUUUUUGUAUUUUUCAAAAGGUGGAUGUCCAAUCGCUGCUGAUGGACUAUAUAUAUAUUUUUUUGGACAUUUUGGUGCUAGUCAUGAUUAUUGCCCUUCCGAUUUCCUUUGUCUUAGUUUCCCAUUUCUUUAGUUCCUUAUUCCCGUUUUCUCUCUUCUAGUUUUCCUUCUCCCAUGUUCGCCAGAACUUGAAACCCUUUUUGUGAAUAAAGAUAAGAACUGCCAUUAGUGUUGAUAGCGAUAAUGAUUCACCAAGAUUAUAUCCUUACUAUUGCCCCUUUUCUCCUUCCACCCUAGAAACGGUAGUAAAGAUAGGAACAAAAAAAAAAAUCCUCAGAAAAUAUCUAGAGUUUAUGUAGAAUCGAGUGCUUGUGAAGUGAGAGUGAACACGUCUAGAUUGUCUGUGUCUACCGUAUGUCUAUCUGUCUGCGUACGUGUCUUCUCACCCACCCUCUCUUCCUAUCCCUCUUAUCUCCUUCUCCCACUUGCGUUACUUAUUAUACAUCCACUAAUAAGCUUAGUGUGAGAGGCAUUGUGUAUAAUAUAUUAUUUAUUAUUUUUUGUAACCAGAAUACCCUAAUGCAUUAUCAAAAAUAGGAGAAGUAAAAAAGUCAUGUUUGUAAGUAUGAAAAAUAUGGAUUUUUAGUCUUUGCGUUGUUUCAGGAUACCUAUAUAUCAUAUUUAUAUUUUUAUUUCCAAAUUUUGUUUAUUAUCUUACGCUGAAGUAUUUAGAAAUAUAUCUAACAACUGUCAGUAUCAGCUCACUACGCUCUAAUUGGAAAAUAUGUAUAAUUUUUUAGGAUCUGAAUAAUCAGAUAUUUUUUCUAAUGUAAUGAACUCAAAAAGGCACUUGGAGAAACUACCCUUGAUAAGAGCAUUUAUUUGUUAUCGAUUAUCGUUCGUUUUUUUCGUUCAGCGUUCGGUCAAAAGGGCGUCUGAAAUGGAGCCCAAGAGAUGGCGUGUUUGACAUCGACCGCCAUAGCUUUGGUCUGUGUCCGUUUUAUGCAGCAGCUGGUUUCUCUCUGCUUUGUCUCGUCUGGUUGUCAUUCUUUCGAGUAGCCAAGAAAAACGAAAAUAAAUCCAUUUCUUUCCCUUCCUUUCAAUCCCUGUUAUCUCUUGAUUGAUGCAGAAGGAGAAGGGGGGCGUCCGCUCCCCCCCGAAACCUUCUUCCAUCACAUCCCUUCAAUCUGGAAAAGGAAAAAAAAGGAUUGCAUCGACUGCCGUCUGGCUAGCACAAACUGACUUAAUAUUCUGAUUACUUUGGGAAUGUUUUUUUCCAGGAUGAUCAUAUUUUAGCUAUUGUGAACAAAAUGUACAGUUAAUGAGUGUGAGUAAAUGGUAAACACAGUUAAAA